CCUACGAUUUCGCCCACUUGUUCGACGGCCACUCACCACAACCCCCCACGUCGAUAACUUCCAUCUCGCAAUUCCAGGUGCCCGUCGCGGCACCCACUACCGCAACGGCCCAUCAUGGCAUCUUUCUUUCAGUCAUUUCGCAGCUCGUCCAUGGCGAAGCAGCUACUUCGCUUUGCUCUCUCUCGACUGGACCUACUCGAUACACAAGCGCUUGAUUUGGAGAACCUCGACUUUGCCCUCGGUCGAAAUACGGUCCUAGAGUUUCGGGAUGUCGGACUGGUUCUUCAGAAACUCGAGAGGCUGCUGGGGUUGCCCCCAACCUUUUCUCUCCAAAAGGCCAAGGUGCUCGUCCUGCGGGUCACGAUUCCCAUGGACUUUUACACCAGCCCCAUCACGGCCGAAGUAGACGGUGUCGACAUCCGCUUGAAGGUGGCGUCCAAGAAAGAGAAGGAUGGACAAAAUACGGGGAAGCGGGGCACAGCCGGUCCCGAGGCCGUACCGACAGCUGCGGACCUCGCACAGUCCUUUUUGGAAACGCAACCUGUGGCAGAGAAGAAGGAGCUCGAGCAAGCCCUCGCCGCCGAAACCCAGGAUCUCGCUGCUUCCAUGGCCGCUAGCGGAUCCGAAAGUGACGACGACUUGACGGUUGGCACGGGGCAGACUCUCUCGCUGCCCGCUUUCUUGACCGACUUCCUCCAAGGCAUCGUGGAUAGGAUUCAGAUUCGCGUACAGAGCGUUAUAUUUCAGGUGGACGUCGAGGUGGCGGUUGAUCCCAGUUCCUCGGUUCCGGAGCUCGUUACUUUCCAGCUGUCGCUGGAUAACAUCAACGUGGAAGGCGUAACCUCAACAGCAGAAACAACCGAUGAAGCCUCCGCAAUCGUCCACAAGGAGGGCAAACGCCAUAUUCUACUGGACAACAUUCGGGCUGCUUUGAUAACUGAGACAAACGUCUUCUCCUCGUUGGCCAGGUCUACGUCAAUGCCCUCAUCCGUGGCCUCCCGCUCGCCCGUGCUCAAUGAGACCGCCACAUUUUCCCCGCCCGGGCUUGCCCGCAGUGUCAGCUCCGGUUCGAUGGCCAGUUCCGAUGGUCUCUCGCAAAGUCAAUACCCGCUACAGGACAGCGAAGCGGCGUUCAACAUCCCAUACAGUUUUGACAACAACGACCGAGGCGAGGCUGAUGAGACAUCACCCUUAUCCACUCCAAGGGCGUCCGUCUACCGGGGCUCACCUCCACCAACCGUCAGGGAUCAUGCCAAGUCGGCGGUUCUCGAGCCUUCGCCCCGACUUUGGUCGACCGCGGGGCGAGAAGCGCAAUCGGAGCCAUUUCUGCGCCCUCCUGAGGGUUUCUCUCUCUCCAAUGACCCGUCUCCUGCAGCCUCCGUCCACUCAAGCUCAAGCGGCUCGGCGAGAGAUGACCUGGCCGAAUCACACAUUUACAGCCACGAGGAUGCCGAGAGCAUGUACAUGAGCGCGUUCUCCCAAACAGGGUCUCAGGGGCUGCGCACCGGCAUGCCGUGUGCCUGGGAUGCCUUCGAAGACGCUGAAGAGCAUGAAACUGUAACUGAACCGUUCACAGCAACCCGGUCGGCUCUCCACGAAGACGGCCAAGCCGGUGAUUCCCUGGCCUCACCAUCUCAAGACCACGAGAGGGAUGGCCCCAGCUUUGAUGCACAGGAGCCCUCCGUAGAGGAACCUGAACCCGCACAAGACGAUAUCCCAACUCCUCGAGGGCCAACACGUCUGGUAAAGGAACUCUUGUCCCUUAGCUCGAUUUCGGUCUAUCUUCCAUCAACUCACAAACACGCCAAUGCCGAUGCCCCUAAUCUCAGCAAAUCAAUAUCCCCGAACAUGCCAGGAGCGUUCUCAAUGUAUUCCGCGGCGACUACGAGCCCCAAGCUUAUACCCGUCAACGAACCAGCCGCGGAGGAAACGUCCGUCGAUCCAUCCAUUGAAAUCGUACUGAAACCCGUAGAUAUCCAGUUCGACGCAUCAAUUGGGUUUCUCCUGGCCAUGGUUGUCGCCCGGCUCCUUGAAGCAGCCCAAGGUGGGUCGAAGGAUUCUGUUGGCCCUGCAACAGCGAAGCCGCCUCCAAAAUCUCCGGAUAUCAAAAUCACCGUUGAACAGUUGUCUGUACUUUUUCUAGAGAAACUGGCAGGCGUGGCCGAUGUCCCUCACAGGCUCUUCGAGAAGAGGACGACAGACCUGGGCUCUGAUGUGCUACUCCAAGCUCAGCUUGCUGACAUCAGGGGCUCGCUCUCCAACGAAGGCCCACAAACGGAGAUGAACUUUAGCAUCGAGAAACUGAAGUUCGGGUACGCGAAUGAUGAUAUCAUCUCAUUCGACCGCUCUGUCCUGAUGUUCGAGUCUGUUGCGAACACCUUCCCCUCCGCUGGCCAGGAUGUCUCGGUCAAGGCGACGAUGGGGCCCGAGACGUCGCGUCUGGAGGUCAACACGUUGCCCCUCCAUGUCAAGCUAGAUCUCCAGAGGCUUGAUGAAAUGUUCAGCUGGUUUGGCGGGCUCAGCAGUUUUCUUAACAUGGGGGCUUCCAUCACCGCCAACAAGUCAGGGGCAGACAAAACUCCGGCCAAGCCGAUUCAAAAACCCAAGGGUGUCCGAUUUGACGAGCCAAUUCAUCCUGAUGAUCGAACCGUUGCAAAGGAGAACAAGACCGACUUGCGCAUCAACGGUCUCCGGGUCGAUCUAAUCGGGAAGGACUGUAGCGUGAUGCUGAACACCAGCGCCCUUAAAUUGGUCAGCAGAGAAGAGGGCCUUGGGGUACAUCUGAGCAGGAUACGACUAUCAGGACCAUACCUCAAAAAUUCCAGAGCCGAAGCUCCUAUCGUAAGCGAGGUCUUGGACACCAGAGCCGAAUUCCUGUCGUUGCCCCGGGCCAAGGACCUUGAGAGGCUCAUUGAGCUCAUCACCCCUUCUAAAGUCAAAUUCGACGAAGACGAAGAUGAGAUUAUGGUGGACACGCUGCUGCGGCAACGGAGGAAAGGAUCUGUUCUUUCCCUGGCCAUUGGGAAGGUCAGAGUUGACGCAGGCAACUUACAGCAGCUCACCUGCCUCCCAAGUCUUGUCGAUGACCUGGCUAGGCUUGGGACCGUUGCGAAAUAUCUCCCCGAGGAUGAUCGGCCAGGCCUUCUCACGCUAUGCCAUGUCAAACAUUCUGAAUGCCGUGUUGAUGUUGGCGGCCGGUUCGGUGCCGUUUUAACCUCACUCAGCAACCUUGAAGUGGCACAUAUUUCGAUGCCCCAGUUGGCCGCCGUCGCCGUUGGCGAAAUGGCCGUCACGCGAAAUAAAAUCGAGGAGCUGGUGAUGACUUCGCCGCCUCCAAACGGCACGCUGCAGAAUCUUCCGGUCUUCAUGAUGAGACUGAUUGAUGACAUCGAACCAGUCCUCAAGAUCAAGCUGAUUGGGCUGGGCUUAGAAUACCGGGUCCCUACCAUCAUGGACGUUCUAAACCUCAGUCAGGAUGCUACGCCGGAGGAUUAUGAGGCCGGGUUGGCCGCAUCCGUUGCGAGCCUGGGAGAGCAAGCCCACACUGUCAUCAGGAAAGCAUCUUCGGGGUCGCUGGCAUCAACGGGCCAGGCCAAGGCCUCGAAGUCACUCAAGGUGGACAUCGCCUUCCGGGACUGCCUCAUCGGCUUGAACCCGCUUGCGUUGGCGUCCAAGCUGACCGUUGUGCUCACCGAUGCACAUCUUGAAAUGACGCCAAACUCGCACGAUAUCACCGCAGUAACGACCAUGAAACGAGCUGCUAUUUUGUUGAUCGACGAUACAUCCAUCCUCGAAUCUCCCGGAGCCCGCUUCGCGUCGACGCGCCGUCCACAAGCAGCCCCUUCACCCCAAGUUACCGAGUUAUGUACAAAGGGAUACGUCAACAUCUGUCAGAUCUCGUCAGCAAAGGCAACAGUGACAGUUUCAAAGGAUUCAGAGGGUGACACCCAGCUGGAGGUUGAAGUUCGCGACGACCUCUUGGUCCUCGAAACUUGUGCGGAUUCGACGCAAACUCUCAUCGCGUUGGCCAACGCUCUGACGCCGCCCACGCCCCCGAGCAAGGAAAUCAAGUAUCGGACAUCAGUUGUCCCCGUCGAAGACUUGUUAGCCUCUAUUCGGGCGGAGGCGUUCGGCCAAGCCGAAGGCGACUACGACUUUGAUAAUGACUUUGAGAUUGCUAAGGAGCUUGGAGACGAUGCCGAUAGCGACCUAGACUUUGACGGCGGGCCAAGUGAUAGUCCGUUAAACCUUGACUCGCAGUAUCUCGAGGAGGGGGUCGUCCAGGAAGAGCUGUUCAAUGCAACGUCUGACUCAAUUCUCCAAGAAGGCGGGACCAAAUUCGAAGACACGAACGAUGGGGUCCUUCUCAGCACGACUGGCCUCGACAACCCAAGCAGUAGUGGGCUAGAAGUCAGCACCGGCGACCUCUCUAUCAAAGACGAUUACUUUGAGAACGGACCGGUUGCCCGCGGCACUGCGCAUCGCUGGGACUCCAAGGCGAACAAGUACGACCAACAUAACGACCUCAAGCUCCAGCGUAGCCCCUUGAAGGUCUGCGUUCGCGAUGUGCACGUCAUCUGGCACUUGUUCGAUGGCUACGAUUGGGCGCGCACGCGCGAGGUGAUCGCCAAGGCCGUACAGGAGGUCGAGGCGAAGGCAUAUGAGCGGCGGACCAGGACGGAUCGCAGGGGCGGCUACGACCAAGACCUUGACGAGGACGAAACAGUCAUUGGCGACUGCCUUUUCAAUUCCAUUUACAUUGGCAUCCCGGCCAACCGUGAUCCCAAAGAACUCGCCCAGGCGAUCAACCACGGCCUGCAGGAUUUUGGAGACACGGAGUCGAUUGCAACCUCGACAGCCACAACGUCGACACUCCGUACGGCGGGGCAACGCCGCAGAUCCAAGAGCCUCAAGCUGGAUCGGAGCAAGCGUCACAAGAUCACUUUCGAGCUCAGGGGCGUGAACGUGGACAUGGUUAUGUUUCCGCCGGGCUCAGGGGAGACAGUCAACUCACUUGACAUCCGGCUCCGCGAUGUUGACGUCUUUGACCACGUCCCAGAGUCGACCUGGAAGAAGUUUGCCAUGUACGACAUCGACGCCGGCGAGCGUGAAUUGGGCGCUAGCAUGGUGCAUGCCGAGAUCAUCACCACAAGGCCCGUGGACACGCCAGCGACCGAGAUGGUGAUCAGCGCCACCAUUCUGCCCCUGAGGCUGCAUGUUGACCAAGACGCCCUCGAUUUCAUCACCAGGUUCUUUACGUUCCGAGACGAGACGGCGCCGGUCCACGCCUCCCCGAGUGACGUCCCCUUCAUCCAGCGGAUUGUGGUCAACAGCGUUCCAGUCAAGCUGGACUUCAAGCCGAAACGAGUCGACUACGCCGGUCUACGCUCGGGCAAAACGACAGAGUUUAUGAAUUUCAUGAUCCUCGAAGGCGCCCGACUAGUUCUCCGCCGUGUCAUCCUGUACGGCGUCUCCGGGUUCGACCGGCUCGGCGAUCAGCUCAACGAUAUCUGGACGGCCGAUGUCAAAAGCAACCAGCUGCCCGGUGUCCUCGCCGGCCUGGCACCCGUGCGCUCCCUCGUGAACGCCGGGUCCGGCUUCCGGGACCUGAUUGAGAUCCCGAUCCGCGAGUACCGCAAAGACGGCCGGAUCGUGCGCAGCCUCAGGAAGGGCGCCACGGCGUUCGCCAAGACGACCGGCACCGAGGUCGUCAAGCUGGGCGCCAAGCUCGCCAUCGGCACGCAGAACGCGCUGCAGGGCGCCGAGGGCCUGCUCGCGCCCCAGCAGACCGGCGAGGGCAGCAGCAGCAGCGCGGCGGCCGUCGCGGCCGUGCUCGGCGACGACUGGGACGAGGAGGAGUACGAGGAGGAGGUCCACCGCAAGAUCAGCCUGUACGCGGACCAGCCCCUCGGCAUCGUGCAGGGCGUGCGCGGCGCCUACGCCAGCCUGGCGCGCGACCUGUCGGUCGCCCGCGACGCCAUCAUCGCCGUCCCCGCCGAGGUCAUGGACAGCCAGGGCGCCCAGGGCGCCGCCGCCGCCGUGCUCAAGAAGGCCCCCACCAUCAUCCUCCGCCCGGCCAUCGGCGCCACCAAGGCCAUUGGGCAGACGCUGCUGGGCGCGACGAACUCGCUCGAUCCGAUGCAUCGGAGGCGGGUUGAGGCUAAAUAUAAAAAGCAUUGAUUGUGGCAUGCCUGGUGGGUUUGAGGGCCCAGUGGUGUUGAGGGCCG